UAUCGUGAAGUUGAAAUUUAUAAUAUAAAAAUUAAUUUAAUUGAUAUGCCUUGGUAAAAUCAAUUCAUUCUUUCGCUUUGCUCUGUAUCUAAAAUUAUAACGAUAAAAAAUUGUAUGAAAUUUUAAUUUUUCUCAAAAUUUUGCUUAUAAUUAUGUAUUAAAAAUAUUUCUAUAAACGUUAUUGCUCAAUGCUGUUUAACAUCACUGAUGUUCACCUUUAAUAGCAAAUUCGUCACUUUGUAUACCGUGUCACUGUAGUAAAAUAAUUAAUAUAUAGGUACCUCCCACUUUUACAAUUCGUCAUGUUAACCUUUGUGUUAUUGUUUGUUUAAUCGAUAUGUACAUAGACAUAUAAGAUUUAUUUUUAGUUUACCCAGUAUGGAUAGGUAAUACUUACCUAUCAAUUAUCAUUCAUAUUUAAAGUGACCACCGAAAUUAUGAAUUUUAAUAUUGCAAAAUAAUUACACCCGAAAAUACCAAAAUGGAUAAAUACAAACUCAAGACACAGAAAUUACAACAAAUAUUUCAUUUCGACGAGCAUAACAUUGAAAAAAUAUGUACAAGUUUAGAAAAUGAAAUCGAAACUUUGAAGGUGGUGAAAAUUCAAAAUCAGCCAUUUAAGACGCCCGACGUUCAGCUCUUCAAAGCUGCAUUGUAUGAAACUAAGACUAAUACUCUUUUAGAAUUGCCGUCCUUGGCACCGUCUGCCAAGAAUAUCUCAAACACUUCACAAAAUGAGAUAGCAAAAACUGCUUCUACCAAAUAUUUGUUAUCUGAUGCUGUUCAAGCUUCUAGAUGUUUUCAAAGAACACAACAUACACAAACAGAAGCAAUCACUUUAAAAGAUCAGUCGAAUAUUGCAUCUGUAUGGAUACUUCAAAAGGAAAUAGGUAAUAAUACGUCCACGGUAAAAACCCAAGAAAUCAAAUCAAACAAUUUCAAAAAAAUGUUGUUCAUAUCUGACCGAAUUGUGACGUCUAAUAAUUUUUCCGAAAAACAGAUUGAAUUCAUAACACGACACACUAGUGACAAAUUAAACGCUAUGUCUUACCGUUAUACGUUGGAAGAAAUAUUACAAUUUUCAAAUGAUAAGUUAUCGAAUUUUUCGGUCACAUCGUUCGUAUGGAACACCAUGAAUGAAGAUAUUUUGGCAGUAGGAUAUGGCAAAUGGAACGACAAACCAAAUGGUUUUAAAGGGGCUGUUUGUUGUUGGUCGCUAAAGAAUCCAGUUUAUCCGGAAAGAAUGUACGAAUUCAACAAGCCCAUUACUUGUCUUGAUUUCUCAAAAACUCACGCCAACGUACUCGUCGCUGGUAGUCACGGAGGAUGCAUCUACAUAUUGGACAUAGCCCAAGAUAUAUGUGAUCCGAUGAUAGUCAACGAGAAACACUUAGAAAACUUUCCUAUAUGGGGUGUUCUGUCGUUUCUACAAAAAAGUUAUACAUCGGAAGACGAAUUUAUACUAUCCGUGGAUGGCAAUGGAUCAGUACGAAAAUGGUCAGGUGGUGUUUCCAAGACUUACAACACUGAACAAAUGUCAUUAAUAUAUUGUGGAAUCCGAAACGAUGCUGCAAAACCGAACAAAUUCAACCAUUCGACCAUCGUUCAAAAUAUGCCCGGAACGGUCAUAUCGUUUCAUCCAACUAAUAAGAGUUCAUACUUUAUUGGGACUAAAGUUGGUUUCGUCGUACAGAACACGAUCGACAGCUGCAAUCAUUACGACAGAAUUUUCAUGGCUCACAACGGUCCAGUUUACGGAAUCAAAUUUUCGCCUUUCUGCUCGAGUAUUUUUAUAACAUACGGAGCUGACUGGCAAAUAAAAAUUUGGAUGGAAAACGUCAACGUGCCAUUACUAUCCCUGUGUUAUUGCAACGCUGUAGACGAUGCCGAUUGGUCACCCAUCAACUCCACGGUUAUUGUCAGUGUUAGCGGAGCAGUGAUAUGCAUUUGGGAUUUCGCACGAAAAACGGUCGAGCCUGUCAUGAUGUUCACGUGCAAUACUGGUGUACACUUCUCACUGGUGAAAUUUUCUAAACACGGUAAUGUGAGUGCCUAUCAUUCGAUUAAUACCUAUUCAUGUAUGAAUCCCAUUGCUUUAAGUAUUAAUAUUGUGAGUUUUAGAACAUUGUCACUGGUGAUGCAAAUGGUCUGGUUAGAUGUUUUCACAUCAGUAACAUGCCUUCACCGUCAUUUCUCCAAAAAAAUUCUAUUCUAACAGCUCUGGAGAAUAUGAUGUCAUCGAAUCCUGAACUUGUUCAAAUAAUUAAAAAAACAAUGAUGAACAAAUAAAAAAAACUUUGGAUAAAUUAUAAUAUUAAAUAAUUUAAACGUUUUAUAUUUUUUAUAAACCUCUAUUUUCACUUUUAUUGGAUAAUUAUGAAUUUUUAUGUGACUAAUAUGAAACAGUGAUUAUGAACAAACAUGAGAUAAUAUAAUUAUUGUUUAUAAUUACCUGUAUAUUUCUUAUAGUAUCUUAUUGAAGUAUACCUAAAAACUAUGUGUUUUUUGUAACACAGUUUUGAUGAUGCCAUUUGGUGACACCAGUAGUAGUUAAGUUUAAACUAAGUCUUGUAAAUCUGCAAGUGUAUGUGUAACAAAUAAACCUUUGACUCAAAAAUAAUAGUCUACUUCAACAAAUGAUUUUGAUAAUCACAUAUGCAGAACUUAUAAUACUCCACUUGUUUUGAUUUAGUUAUGUUAAUAAAAUAAUUUUAACAUUUUAUGCAUAAGAUGCACCAUGGCACUUCGUUCAUUUAAUUGCUAUACUAUUGAACAGUGCUUCUCAGCAUUUUAUGAAAAUGACACUCUUAUUAGAUCCAUACAAAUGGUGACACACUUAAAACAAAUGGCUUUUUGAAAAAGUAACAACCUUAAACAUUUUGUUAAUUGAGAAUGCGACUAUCUUCACAAUUGAUUUAUUAAUCAUUUUCUCAGAUUUUUACCAUCACCCCAUAACACCAUAAUUGAUGCAUAUAUUUAUAUUUAGAACCUAUUUAACAAUAUAAAUAAACAGUUGUUUUUGUGACGCACACCACAGUAAUAUGCUACACACAGGUUGAGAACCAUUGCUAUAAAAUACUAAUACUUUAUCAUAGUCAAGAGUUCAAAAAAUAAGUGCUGCUGUCAUAUGCCAAGCAAAAUUUUUGUGUUAGUGGUAUCCAAAUCAUAAAUAUACACAUUUUUUUUUUAAAUUAUUAAAUUAUUUAUAACACGAGUGUUAUUUGUUUUAUAUUGUAAGGUUACCUAUAUUUUUAUAAUCGAUUUAUUUUAUAAUAUAUGAUGAUAUAGAAUAACGUAAAGUCAGCAUAACAGUAAAAUGCUAAGAACCAAUCAUUUCAAUGAUGGGUAUGAACAACUGGCUGCAGGGACCAGUGCCCAUUGACUAUAGACUUUAUUUUGGAGGUAAAAACCCAUAACAAAAAUAAAAACUUUUUAUAGAUAAAAACUUACUGGAUGAUUUUUAAUUUUGUUUAACCAAUAAUAUAAUGCUUUAGUGAAUAUUGCCAUAUAGAAUUCAAUAAUUAUUAUAAAAAAAAUCGGGAAUGAUCUUAA